GAUGAAUGCCUUGAUCCUGGAACUUGCCCUGAUGGGAGAUGUGAAAAUAAACCUGGCAGUUAUAAAUGUAUCCCAUGCCAGCCAGGCUUCCGGGCCCAAAAUGGCAUAUGUUAUGAUGUGGAUGAGUGCGCCGAGGAUGUUUCCUGUAAGCAUGGCUGGUGUGAGAACAUGGCCGGCUCCUUCCGCUGUUCCUGUGGGGACGGUUUUGUGCCUGCCGCUGAUUUCCGCAGCUGCGUCGAUGUCAACGAGUGCCAGAACGGUUCUUUGUGCACCCACGGGGUUUGCGUAAACACGCUGGGGUCCUUCAAGUGCCAGUGUCCGGCGGGUUUCCAGGCCGUGAAGGACGGGCCACGCUGCAAGGGUGAGAGAGGGAAACGCAUGAACUCCCGGGAGUUUUUUCUUCGUGGUGGGGAAAAAGAACUGUUGAGCAUGCGGAGAAGGCUGGUCUGCCAGUGUUUUCCGUGCCUCGGAAGCCACCGGGGAUGUGAUUAAAAUUUGGGCCAGCAUUUUUGCUUGAAAAAAAAAUAAAUAGAAUGCCAUGAGGUUAAGCCAGCGUUUCUCAAGUUUAGCAAUGGGCAGCAAAUCUCACACUCCCUGACACUGAUGGCAUUACCGAAUUGGGUAAGAAGACUGCAAACAAAUCACGGAGCUCAGACUGCACCAAAAGCUCCAAGGAUUAAAAUGUUCAGUCCCAGCCUCACUUGAGCUCCCAAUUCUGUUUAAUUAGUUCUCUUC